AUGGCCAGCCUGGAUAAUACUAACCGCGAUGAUCCUGUUAAUCAACUUGAUGGUCCUGAAAGCGAUGAUGGCGUAGAUCAGUUUGAUCGCGUCGCUGUGUUGCUUGUCUGUAUCCUCGUCAUUUUCUUCAUCCUGCUGAUAAUGACAAUGACUCUGAUCGCAGUGAUCGCGAAGAGUACGCUGAUUACGUCAAUUGUAUUUAUCUCGUUGAUCUCAUUUUUGCAAUGGAUGGCGCAGAUUGUGUUUAUCAGCAAUACGUAUCGUUGUCUAGACUCAGGGGAAAAUCAGCGCCUGUAG